GCUAGGUUCACAUUGCCGUAAAAGGGUGUUCUCUAGCUAGCUAAGCGACACCAACAAGAGCUGUCAACUUUCAAAAUCAAGUGUCAAGACUUCCAUGUCUGAACAGAAGUCCACAGAGUCCCCGGGUUCUGGCUGUGGUGUUCCAGCCCAGAGAAGCUCACAGUGGGGUCCAGAGAUGGUGUCAGUGAAGCUGGAGGGCUGCAGUCAAACAUUGGAACUCAAUGUGAUUGUCAAAGAGGAAUGGGAGGAGAGAGGGUUCAAGGAGGAGAUAGAAGUAAAAGAGGUGGAUCAGAGAGCAGUCAACGAGGAAGUAGAGAUGGCAGUCAAAGAAGAGCAGGAGGAGAGAACAGUCAAAGGGGAAGUGGAGAAGAGAGAAGUCAAAGAAGAGGUGGGGGAGAGAGCAGUCAAAGAGGAAGUAGAGAUGGCAGUCAAAGAAGAAGAGGAGAACAGUGAAGUGGCUGCUCCAGAUCUAAGGGAAGAGGAGGCAGCAGUAGAUAGUAUCAGUGACCCAGGAGAGAGCUACAACCCAGGUUCAGACAGUGAGCCCAGUUCCACAGCAUCAGGAAACCAUAAACAACACAGACGGAGGAACUCAAGACAGAAACAUCACCACUGCAUGGACUGCUUCACUAGUUUCUAUGAGCCAGAGGAGUUGAGAAGACACACUUGUAGACCCCAGCCCUGUUCAGAUUGCAGAGACAGUUUUAUUUGUCCAAUUCACCUCAUUCCAUACCAACAGACUCUCAAAAGAAAGAAAAUGAACCUGAGUGGUCAAUGUGGGAAGAGAUUUCAGACACCUUGCAGCUUGAAGACGUACCAGCUUACUCACACAGGAAAGAAGUCGUACCACUGCUCCCAGUGUGGGAAGACCUUUGGUUCGUCAUUCAAUUUGAAGCGACACCAGAAAAUACACACAGGGGAGAAGCCUUUCCACUGCUCCCAUUGUGGGAAGAGCUUCAGUGAUGAAGAAAGUCGAAAUAAACACCAAAGAAUACACACAAGAGAUAAGACUUUCCACUGCUCUGAGUGUGGAAAGAGCUUCAGUAAGGGAGGAAAUCUAAAGGAACAUCAGAAAAUACACACAGGGGAGAAGCCAUACAGCUGUGAUCAGUGUGGGAAGAGUUUCAGUCAAACAGGAGUCCUAAAGAGACACCACCUAACUCACACAGGUGAAAAACCUUUCAACUGCUCCCAGUGUGGGGAGGGUUUCAGUCAGUCAUCACUUCUGAAGGGACACCAGCUAACGCACACAGGAAAGAAGCCUCACCACUGCUCUCAUUGUGGAAAGAGUUUUGAAUUGGAAGGAAGCCUUCAGAGUCAUCAGAGAAUACACAGUGGAGAGAAGCCCCACCACUGCUCCCAAUGUGGGAAGAGCUUCAGCUGGGUAAGAGACCUAAAGAAACAUCAGAGAGUACACAAAGAGGAGAAGCCUUUCCACUGCUCCCAAUGUGGGAAGCGCUUCAAUGAGAAAGGAAAUCUAAAGCAACACCAGAGAAAACACUCAGGAGAGAAACCGUACAGCUGUGAUCAGUGUGGGAUUUGUUUUAAAUGGAAACAAAGCCUGAAGGAACAUCAGAAGGCAAAGCACAGUGCAGUGCCAGACCAUGGCCUUAUAAUUGUGUUGCCAAGCUGGGCAUCUACAUAUCUAAUUAAUAUUGACACUAACCAGAUUUCCAUCGAACCUUUUUAGGCGAGUAAAGUAAGUAAAAAAAGUUUAGAUUUUUAUCAAAACUUAAAUGGAAAAGUAGCUUUUAUGUACUCUCUGUCAACAUGCACUGUUUUUAAUCUGUCUGUUUGGUGGAAACACCACUGGUGGGAAACAUUUUAUUGAUGUGGAUUUUAGAAUAUUCACAUGAAAAUCUGUCUUCAAUUGGAUGGAAACCUAGCUCGUGUUGCACAUUUGUUAGGCUAAAUAGAUGUAACAAUAUGUUCAAUUAUGCAAAAGAGAGAGACUUCUGACAACUAAGUCACAACAGGUGGAGUCCAUGUCCGAGUCGAGUCACGAGUCAUGAAAAUCGUGAGUCCUGGUCUCGAGUACUACAACACUGACAGCUACUCUCAUUUUGGGAAUGUUUUAUUUGUGCAAAUUGAUUCCAUUACGUUACUUUUCUUUCUUGUUAGUGCUAAGUUUGGGCAUCAUUCAGGAUACCUGGUUGUAUUGCCACCACCUAACUAACUUGAUUGAAGAGAGGUCAGUGAAGUUGAUGAAUGCAGUGGGUGAAGUAGCUCCGUUCAACCACAAGAUGAAACUAUCAACCCUUAAUAAAAACAGCUCGAGUAAAAAGUUGCUUUCUUCCGUCCAGUGGAACCGUGAUCAACUGCUAAAACGGUCAAACCACUUCACAUAUUAUUUGAGCAACACAUCACCAUUGCUUCCAAACAAAAUGGUAUGAAGAUAUAAGAUAAAUACGAUUCAUAAAGAAGGAUUAUGUGAAUUUGCUUAAUGCGUGCAUGUAGUCCCGCACUAAGAGCCAUGAACAGUCUACAGAGUUGUUCUGUGGGUGUCACUGAAUAGGCUGAUACCCUAUUUUCAUGUGUGCACACUCCAUAGGUAAGGCUGUACAGUGCAAUACAAAUGUUCAAUACACAUUAUAGGCUGAAUAGUGAGGUGAAUUCCCACAGUCAAAGUCCCGCAAUAAGAGCUAUGAUGCUAAUAUUUGUGUACACUCUUUAGAAUUGUAAUCUGUGGGUGUCACUGAGUAGGCUGAUAACCCGUUUCAUUGAUCCACAAUCCAUAGGUAAGGCUGUACAGUGCAGUAUGCCCCCUUAAAAUGUAAUACAUCCACAGAUUUUUUAAAUAAAUGUUUAAUUAAAUUAACUAAUAGCAGUUCCAAGCAUAGAGAUCCUAUUAAAUGAAUUGAGGGGCUAAGUCAUAAACCCUACAAAAUUCCAGAAUGGUAGCCUUUUUGGUCAGGGAGAAUCCAACCCAGUCUAAUUAGGGCUCCCGAGUGGCACAGCGGUCUAAGGCACUGCAUCUCAAUGCUAGAGGCAUCACUACAGACCUUGGUUCGAUUCCAGGCUGUAUCACAACCGGCCGUGAUUGGGA